CCACAGAAGAUGCUCUCGGACAUGUCAGCCUUGUAUGGGGUCAGAGUGGAGUGCCAUUCAACACUGGCAACGGCACGGCCAGCACACCAGGAGGUGGUGGAGGCAAAAAGGGUCCAAGCACCGCCGUCUACAACGGUACGAAUGCUGCCGCUUGUGUCACACCCCCAGUCAGCACGUACAAGGGUCUUCCGGUCAUGGGAUGUGGACCCGACUUUGAUCAGAACCUUGACGAUGAGAUUGGUUACUUUGACUUUGGUCCGAACAACAACACAGGCCUCAAUAGAUUUGCUCCGGGCCUCAACCUUACUUCGGCUGGCGUGGGUCGCCGAUCCAGUAUCAUUACGGAGAGAUUGCUACGUCGAGGUCUAUGGGGCGACAUCGGAGAUGCGCUCUCAAGCUUCGGACAGGAUGUGGAAAACGCAGCAAGCCAGGUUGGCUCCGAUAUCGUCAGCGGAGCCGAAGACGCCUGGAAUGCUGGAGUCCAAGCUGCCGGCGAUCUGGGGGAUCUGGUUGGUGGGAUAUUGUCCGGUAGCUACACUACACCCAGCGGCAACUUGACCAUCAACGAGGGACCUUCAAACCUUACCGACUCCAUUUUCGGACAGGGCGAUUCCUAUCUCCUCUACAUCGCGCAGAAGGAGACUGAAAAUGGCAACGGGGAAGCCUCGAUCUCCAUGUACUGCGUCGACUGCGGGGUCCAUGGCUAUGCCGAAGUCUCAGGUACCAUCGGCUACUCACUUCUGCCACCCAGUCUAACUCAAGCGUCCCUCAAUGUCAAUGGUGCUUUCCAUGCAGGACUGAGCAUCGGACUUUUCGCGGAAGCGUCGUACACGGACACAUACUCGAAGAACCUCAUCGAUAUUCCUUUGCCUGAUGCUGGUAUCGUCAUUCCGGGCAUAUUCUCUGUUGGAGCCACGAUCACUCUGGACGCGCACGCCACCCUCGACAUUGAAGCUGAGGGAGAGAUACUUCUCGGUGCUGCGCUCGAUAUUCCGGACUAUUCAGCUGUUCUUGACGUCGUGGGCGAGAACAGCCAAGCCAAUGGCUUCACACCGAUAUUCACGAAGACUGUCGAGGCAAAAGGCAAGAUCGGUGCGAACUUCUCUGUUGCCCUGCCGGCUGAGAUUGGAUUUGGAUUGGCUAUUCCUGCGAUCGACUACAACAAAGAAAUCGGGCUGAGAAACACCCCUGAACUCACCGCGUUUGCCGAUGUCCAGAUAUCAACAAACGCCUCUGAGAGCGAGGACAACAAACUAUGCUGGGGCAUCGGCGUCGAAGACCACUUCCAAUUCGAUCUUUUCGGAACCCUGACCGACCUCGUGCCCCCCUACGUCCAACCAGAUCUGUUGGGCGGCUGCUACAAUAUCACUAUCCCUACGUGGAAUGUAACAACAAACCUCACCACGCCGAUUGGUCGCAGUCUGCCCGCUCGAAGAGGUGAUGUCCCCACCGACCAGAGCUCCGCAAACGGAACCGCGACAGCCCUCCAGGCAGCAGCGACAGGAACGGCCACUUCGUCCAGCAAUUCUACCCAUGCAGCGGGGUCUGGUGUAAAUGGAACCAUCUCGGGCAAAUACGAUAGCUCAAAUAUCUCCUAUAUCGCACUGCUUGACAGCACUGGGAAAUACAACCUCGCCGAGUUCACAGACGGCAAUUUCUACAUGAUCGAAUCCGACCCUGACAACGUUUUCACCUAUGCUUCUUCUGACAACCUGGUCUUUGGUGACGGUGAGGGUGACGUCUUCUUCUACUAUCCCGAUGAGAUGGCCGCACUGGGAGUCAGUCGUUUCCGGCAGAAUGACCUCAAGCACAUCCCCCUGGGGGCCGAUCUCAUCACCCUGGCGCCGAUCAACUUCGACAAGAAGGCCUCCACGCCGGGUAUUUACCUUGGGUUCGAUACAAGCGGCAACGCCUUCUAUCCUGUUAUUUGUGAGAUGUCCGGACUUUCUCCCAAGAUCUUCCUCGUCAAGGACUUGAAGACUGGUCCAACGACCCUCACAGACCCGGCCCUUCAAUAUGUGGUGACCGGCGGUGUGGUGGAGGUCUGCAACGUGUUGGCGUUGGCGUCCGUUUUCGAGGGGUUCUGAGCGAGGUGAUAGGGUGAAGUCAGGCUUAUUCCUCGCGGACAUUAGUUCAUUUUUCCUCAUUAUAAUACAAAUUCUUUUUUGGCCUUUCCGGUAUCUAUCCGCGGACUAUGAUGCAGUGUUUCGAUCUCACAGUUCGUUCCAUGUCGCCGCAGUAGGAUUGAGUCGAUACUGUUGCCUCGUGACAUCACGUCAAGAGAGGGAGCUCAGUGAGGCGCGACCAAGGGCAUACUUAGCAAUCCUGCCCCUGAGACCAGCUUGUGUCACACCUAUCACUGUGGGAAGGCGAUGCUGGUGUCCAUUACGAGUCCUUGUUCGCCACGGGAUCAAAUUACCUUCAAGUACUCACUCUCGAGACAAUCCUUGGCUAGCGAGCGACAAGCUCACGACCCUUGACUG